AUGUUUACGAUGCUUCUCAUGGUCAUCAAAAAUAUGUCAGUCGUGGGGCUCCCAACUCUCCCGAAAGGUAUCAAUACCGGACAAGGAGUAGCAGAACAUCUCAUUGAAGACAUGAAUGGAGCCAACGAAGGAACGCACCGCGACGUUGUUCCUCAUAUGCAAAAGCAAGAUCGCCAUCAGGACCUUCAAUUCGACUCACAGGCAAGAGAGAAUGAAAAGGUACCAAAUCACAAAGAUGAAUCUUCUUCAUCUGCUCACGAAGAUAAAGAUACCUUGCCUUCAGAAGAAAUCACAGCUAGCUCCGUAAAGAAAGAAGAGGAUGUUGAAAUUCCUGAUACCGUAGGAAAUUUUGACAGGGUCAUCGAACCGUUCAAAAUGGAUUCUGCUCCUAUCAAGGUCGCAAAAUGGAAAAGCCGUGAAACCGGAUUGAGUGUAGUCUGGGCUGACAUUGACGGUCCAAUUGUCAAUGGCUAUUUGACCGUUGCUACGGAGAUCUUCAAUGAUUCCGGGGUUCCCCAUACCCUUGAGCAUCUCAUAUUUAUGGGAUCAGAAAAAUAUCCCUACAAAGGAAUUCUUGCCAGUCUAGCCAACAGGUCUUUUGCUACGGGAAUAAAUGCAUGGACUGAAACUACUCACACAGCCUACACAGUUAAAACUGCUGGAUCAGAGGGGUUUUUUAAGUUAUUACCCAGUAUGCAGUUUCAUCCCAUCUAUAAAUUCAGAACAGCAAACUCAAUGAAGAACUUGUCCCUUUCAACUGAGCAGUCUACAUCGACCACAAUCCCUUCUUCAGCAUUCACAACUGAGGUGUACCACAUCAAUGGAGAGGGUGAAGAUGCUGGAGUGGUUUACUCUGAGAUGCAAGGACGUGAGAAUAGUAGCACCGACUUGAUGAGUCUUCGUUCUCUUCGCGAGAUCUACCCGCCUACAAGUGCAUAUCAGAGUGAGACUAGUGGUAAGAUGGCCGCAUUGCGAACACUGACAGUUGAACAAAUUCGCAAAUAUCACAGCGAUUAUUAUCAUCCGCACAACUUACAACUGCUCGUCACUGGGAAAGUUGACCCCACAACGCUUUUGAGUGUCUUACAAGAAGAAGUGGAGCCGUCCCUAAUCAAACACGGACAAGACAAGUUUCCUGCGGAAUGGAAGCGGCCGUUCUUGGAGACCGCUAGUAAGGGUGGGGCAGUUUUGACGAAAGACAAGGUAGUGGAGGUACCAUUUCCUGAGAAAGAUGAGAGUACGGGGCAAGUCCAAAUCAGCUGGGUGGGACCAAGCAUAAAUGACUACUUGCUCCAAGAUGCUUUAAAGAUUUUGGAAACUUAUCUCACUAAGACGGCCAUAUCUCCCCUGGCAAAAAAGUUCAUUGAUAUUGAGGACCCGCUCUGCACUGGUAUAACUUUUUAUCCAACCGAAGGUGAAAAAACAGUGAUUUCGGCCUGCAUCUCAAGUGUUCCUGCUGAACAUUUAUCAGACUUUGGUAAAAUGUUCAAAGAUGCACUUGCUCAUGAAGCCGAGAAUCUUGAUAUGCAACGUAUGCGGAUGACUAUUGAGUGUGAUGCUCUAGAAAUUGCCAAUCAACUUGAAGCAAAUGCGCAUAGUAUACUUUCGUCAGCUAUCAUCUCCAACUUCCUGUAUGGGUCAGGUGAACAACUCGUGGCCGAUCUUUCCACAGUACUUGAACGUUACAAGACUUUAGCCAGCUGGUCUAGGGAGCAGUGGUCUUCCAUGUUCAAAAAAUGGCUUGUGGAGAGUCCUAGUGUCACUGUGAUUGGAAAACCUUCAGGAAAGCUUGCAGACCAGUUAGUCGCCGAUAACAAAGCCAGAAUUGAAGAAACCAAAAAGAAGUAUGGGCCUGAGGGUCUGAAACAGCUGCAAGCAAAAUUGGAAGCCGCUCAAAAAACAAACGAUACUCCUCAUCCUCAAACAAUUCUGUCCAACUAUCCCAUUCCCAAGAUGGAAAGUAUCAAAUGGAUUGAAGUUGAGUCUGCCCGUGCUGAUGGAUCCUUGAAGGGUGACCUGCAGGCUCAGAUAGACAAGAAAGAUUCCACAAUCUUACCGUACUUCAUCCAAUUUGACCAUAUUGAUUCCAACUUCCUUAGAAUCUCUGUCCACUUGUCCCCUACCGACUUGCCAGCUGACCUCGUCAAGUAUCUCUACAUCUGGCUUGCUUUGUUUUUCUCCUUGCCGGUCAAGAGAUCCGAUGGCACCUUGCUUCCAUUUGAUCAAGUUGUCAAGGAGCUCACCAAGGAAACCAUUGAGUAUAAGACACACAUGGGAAGCUCAAUUAGUCAGACUUCAGAAAUCUGUUUCAAGAUUGAGAAAAGCAAAUACCCAACGAUGAUAGGCUGGCUGAAGGAUCUCCUCUGGGGAAGCCAAUUUGAUAUAGACCGUCUUCGGAUCAUUGUUGCCAAUAAUUUACAACACAUUCCAUCAAUGAAAAGAAGCGGAGCGGGUGUCUGUGCCGCAUUAUUCCAAGAACUUCUGUAUUCACCUUACACAGCACCAUACAUGUCAAGUAAUUUGUUCAAAUUAGAUGAAUGGCUACCAGAAAUUAUGGAACAGCUCAAGUCCAACCCUCAAGAAGUCAUCAAAAAUUUGGAGCAAUUACGCAAGCACUGCAGAUCAUCCCCUAUCUCUUCUCAUACUUUAACAGUGUUGCAACCUUCUACUAUGCGUCUCAGUGUUGUGGGAGACAUAAAAACUCUGCAGGAUCCCAAGAAAAGCUGGUUGGAGCAUUUCCAGAAGAUUCCGUCAUCAACAUUGAGACCGCCACUGUACAGUAGUGAUGUCCUCAGUGCUGAUGGUCUUAAACCAUCUGGUAAAGCAAUUGUGAUGAGCAUGCCCUCAAUUGAGUCCAGCUUUGCUUAUCAUGUUGCCAAAGGGGCUCAGGGUUUCAAUCAUCCAGAUCGACCGGCUUUGGCAGUAGCUGUCAGUCUGCUUAAUUCAAUGGAAAGUCACCUGUGGAAAGCUAUCAGAGGAACAGGUCUUGCGUAUGGCGCUUCCAUGCGGUCAAUCCCAGAAUCUGGGCAUGUUUGUGUCCAGAUUUAUUCCAGUCCUGAUAGCUGGAAGGCUUUUGAGGAAGCUGGUAAAGUAAUGAGUGACUUGAUCAGCAAAAAGCUCAUAUUGGAUGAGCUAUCACUAGAGGCAGCUAAGAGCAGCCUGGCAUACGCUACUGCAGAACUAGAAUCAACCAUGGGUAGUGCGGCAUUCUCAACCUUCACAAACAUGGCACUCAAGGGGAUUGAGAAGGAUGCAUCAAGACAACUCCUAGACAAAACUAAGGAUAUCACCAUUGAUCAAGUUUUGGAAGUGAUAGAGAAAUACUUCCUACCAAUCUUUGAUGCACAAACCUCAGUUGCUGUGGUCACCAGUUCACCUGGCAAGGCAAAAAGUACUGCUGCUAGCCUCAGAAACGCUGGAUAUAGAGUUGAGGAAAGGGACUUGAAUGUUGCAUCACAGUAA